CAUCCCUCUUUCCUUUUGUCUCUCCCACACCGCUCUCCCUUUUCCAUUGUGCCGAGAUGUCGAGCAGGAGGUCGAGGGUUUCCGAGGAGGAGAUCAAUGAGCUCAUCUCCAAGCUGCAGUCCCUCCUUCCGGAGGCCCGCCGGCGAGGCGGCGGCAGGGCUUCAGCGGCGAAGCUACUGAAGGAGACGUGCAACUACAUAAGAAGCCUCAACCGGGAGGUGGACGACCUGAGCGGCCGCCUCUCGGCGCUCAUGGCGACCAUGGACAACAACAGCGCCGAGGCCGAGAUCAUCCGGAGUCUGCUCCGGUCAUGAGGAGAUACCCCACUCUAGUGAAGGAUCCCCACAUCUACAUAUCCACGACAUAUCUAUUUCUAUAUAGAUAAUGUACUUGUCUGAGGGGUAGGACGUAGAUGUAGCAGCGGUGACUUGCCAUGGAUUUCCUGUACAAGUUUUCUACCU